AUGGAUGAUGACAGGAAUGUGAACUCAACCACGUCCACCACUACUACAACGGAAAGUACUAACUUAAAAUCGUCUCACAUCACUACUUCAUCGGAUGAGAUUGAAGUGGAUAUAAAUCGAUACUUACGAAGUCAAUUAGAAUGUAAUCCUAAGACCAGAAUUCGAACACUUGUUAUUCAUGGUACUGCAACCAAGCCAGAUGAAUUUCCAUUUAUGGCCGCUUUAGGAUGGAACUCAAACUUCGAUGACAAACCAUGGUAUCGAUGUGGAGGUGCGGUUAUUUCACCUAAGUUUGUACUAACGGCGGCCCAUUGUGCAGACAUUGGUGGAGAAUUUCCUAGUGUGGUUCGUGUGGGUGGUUCAAAUCUGACAGAUCCCUCAGUUCGUGAUGUGAAAAUAAAACGAUUUAUCAAACAUCCUCAGUAUCAGGCUAAACAAGUGCGAAAUGAUAUAGAUUUGGUGGAGCUUGACGAAGAAGUGAAAGGCAUUCAAGCUGUAUGUAUAUGGCCCAAUGCAAACAUAAGUACAAAUAAUGUAACUGCUAUGGGUUACGGUCACAUCCAUUUCGGUGGCAUGGGUUCAUCACAAUUACUUAAGGUACAGCUACAAAUUGUUCCGCACAGUAUUUGCCAAGAAUAUUAUAUGAACAUGAAUGAUACAAAUUCACUUGAUCCUGAAGUGCAUUUAUGUGCCGGUGAUCCAGAACGUUUACGUGACACUUGUCAAGGUGAUUCCGGCGGUCCAUUGAUUAUGGAAGAAUUUAAUGAGAAUUUUAAAAAUCAAUAUAUUGUUGGUGUUACAUCAUUUGGACUGGGUUGUGCUGGCGAACCGCCAUCGAUUUAUACCCGUGUAUCGAACUAUUUAGAAUGGAUUAAAGAUACGUUAUAUCCAUUAAAUUUUGAUUAA